CGUGGACCUUUCUCCGCCCCACCGCGUCCCACCAGGUAUAUAGCUGCUGAUGCCACCAACCUCCUUACACUCGUCUCCCAUACGACCCGGAGUGACCUACAACCAUACAUCAUGAAAGCCUUUGUAGCGUGCAUAGCCCUUGCGUUGGCGUCAGUGAGCGCGGAGGCUCCCGGCGGGUACAACUACAACCGUCCGUCCGGCGGCGGCGGCGGCGGCGGCUACAGCUCCGGCGGCAGCGGGCUCAGCGGCGGCGGCGCCUACAGGGCCGUCAGCUCCGGCUACCAGACCUCCGAGGGACAGAACGUCGACCCCCAGCUGCUCGAGCAAGUCAGGCAGAUCCUGCUGAAGGAGGAGUCCCAGUCGUCGUCCGGUAGCUUCGGAGGCAGCAGCAGCUUUGGCGGCGGCUACCCCGCGGCCGCACCUUCGUCAUCCUACGGCGCACCCUCAUCUUCCUACGGAGCCCCGUCCAGCAGCUACGGCGCGCCCGCCGCGUCGUCCCGCGUGGUCGGCAUCGACCUGGAGGCGGUCCGCCAGGCGCUGCAGGUGGCGCAGUUCGAGCAGUCCUCCGGCGGCUCGUCCGGCGGGUACCCCUCGGGCCCCUCCUCCUCGUACGGAGCCCCCGCGCGCGCCCCCUCCGGCAGCUACGGCGCCCCCUUCUAAGCCGACCAAAACCCCGCCCAAGCUAGACGAUCUUACCCGCUUGGAUUAUGAUUCGGGACCGCCCCACCCCAUCUGAGGCGUCCCGAAUAUGUUUAAUUGUUAAUUGCCGGUGGUUACCUACAAUGUAGGUGGCGCCGGCUGUUCAAGUCUACGCGAAGCCUCCAGAGACCAACGCAUGCGACUGUGCACGCACCAGGUUAGAGAUGCGCGAUGGCGGCCAGUCGACGGCGUGCGCCGACCCGGUCGUGCGACUAGUCCAGCGACUGGUCGUGCGACCCGGUCGGACGCACAGUAAGCUCGAAGUGGCGCGCCAUCGGGCCAGCUCUAAUUCUUUGUAUAAAGUCUACCAUAAGGUUAGAAUAAUGUACUUUAAGUUUUUAAUGUUUUUUUUACAAAAAAUAAAUACAUUUUGUCACCGUAA